CCACUUCCGAUAGCGACGAGCUUCCCUCCGCCGCCGCCGAAACCCUAACUUCCCAGCCACUUCCAAUGGAAACAUCAUCAAUUGAAAUCAACGAGCUUCCAUUACCCACCAAAACCCUAACACCUCCUGCUUCCGUCGACCCAACUCCAAUGGAGACAUCAUCAAUCGACGAGCUUCAAUCGUCCGAUUCAAAUCCAACGGAUAACAUUGAAGCCGUUGGUGAGAAACGGAAACGAACCGAUGAAGACGAGAAACCCAAUCUCGAAUCAUCAGACCCGAAGAGUACUCCUUCACCGUGGUGGAAGACGAGUCUCUGUUCCUACUUUCGGCGUGAGGCUUCGUGUAGUCAUGGUAGCGAGUGUAAAUACGCUCACGGUGAGGCGGAGCUCCGGAUGAAACCAGAUAAUACUUGGGAUCCGACUUCUGAGCGUGGAAAGAAGGCCAAGGCUAUGAAGAUGACUGAGCAAGAAGAGAAAGAAGACGACGAGGUUUUGUUCACUGAGCAGAUGAUGGAAUCAAUUGAUGGUGAUGAAGGAGGUGGUGGUAGUGUUAGUGUUGUUGAUUUGUCACUAAGUAAAUGUUUAGUGCAUUUACCUAAUAAAUGGCAAUCUGAUGAACUGAAGAAAUUUUUAGGAGAGCAGGGAGUUCAAUAUAAGUCUGCCAAGAAAAGAAGAGGAAUGAUAGUUGGUUUUGUUACAUUUGAGAAUGCAGAACAAUUGCAGAGCGACGUAGAGAUUUUGGAUGGAAAAAUUGUUAAUAGCAGUAAUUUGAAGAUCGCUGAUGUUCUUCCCCGUACAUUUGACAAGAAUGAUGCAAGAAAAUCGGUGAAAAGUGCUCGUGGGGCUGUGACUCCUUUGGCAGACUUGUCUUAUGGUGACCAGCUUGAACAAAAAAAGGCUUCUAUUGGGCAGAUGUUGAAAAAACUUGCGAGGAAUGCGCGUAAAGCUUGUCCAAAUGGGAAUUCACUUCCACAAUGGGUCCUUACAUCUAGAGACAGAGGUGGUCUUGCAUGCAACCUCGAGGGCAUUAUAGAAUCACCGAUUACAAAUGGCUACAGGAACAAGUGUGAGUUCUCGGUUGGAUUAUCCCUUCAGGGGAAGCCAACUGUUGGAUUCAGUCUAGGAAGUUUUUGCGCGGGUGUGACAGCAGUCGAGGAGCCUGUGGAUUGCCCUAACGUCUCCAAAAUUGCUUCUCAAUAUGCUUCAAUCUUUCAGAAGUUUAUAGAAAAGUCAAAGUUCCAAGUUUGGAAUAGGUUUCAACAUAGUGGGUUCUGGCGACAGUUGACGGUUCGAGAAGGGAGAAAACCCGGCGUGUUUUCAAAUGAUGAAGAUGCCAUUACAAGAAUUGCGGAGGUUAUGCUUAUUGUUCAGGUUUGUUUAACUGAUUCUGAUGAGGCAGAAGUGGCCACUGAGUUUGAAGAAAUGGCGAAAGCGUUUGCUGAAGGAGCUAGAGCAAGCUCUCCAACUCUUCCCCUGACUGUAUUAGUUGUCCAGAAUCACUCAGGAAUAUCAAAUGUUGCACCACCCGAUUCUCCACUACAAGUGCUGCCUAUUCCAAUGUUAGACAAUGGGAUAAAUCAGGAGCAAACCACCGAUGUAUUGACUGAAGCUCGGAUUCAUGAUCAUAUUAACAACCUUCGGUUCAGCAUAUCCCCAACAGCAUUUUUUCAGGUUAAUACCGUCACCGCAGAGAAGUUAUACACAAUUGCUGGAGACUGGGCUGACCUUGGUCCCGACACUUUACUCUUCGAUGUAUGCUGUGGAACUGGAACAAUCGGGCUUACACUGGCACAUCGUGUUGGCAUGGUAAUUGGCAUAGAAAUGAAUGCUUCGGCUGUAGCAGAUGCCGAACGGAAUGCAACGAUCAAUGGCAUAAGCAACUGCAAUUCCGUUGGCUUUGUUGUACAGGCAGAGAAUGUUAUGAGCUCUCUACUUAAACAGUACCUAGAUGUGACUGAAAUGGAAGAAGCUAAGCCUCUAAGUAAUGCUAACGAUGAUCUCGACAAACAAAUUUCCUCAACAGAAGAAAUGUCAAACUCAGAGCAUGUAGCUGAUCAAAACCUACCUCCUACAAACUCUCGAGUAGAAGAACUUCAAGACAAUGAGCAGAAGGAUAUUUCCUCGUCCUUAGAACCGGAAAAAUCUACAAAACCACAGUUCAAAAAUGUGGUUGCUAUAGUCGAUCCACCUCGUUCUGGACUUCAUCCAGCUGUAAUCAAAGCUCUAAGAACCCAUCCCCGGUUAAAGAGACUUGUGUACAUUUCGUGCAACCCCGAAACGCUAGUGGCAAACGCGAUAGAGCUUUGCACGCCAUCUUUUGAUGAAGCAGAUAGAGGAAACAAAAAUUACAGAGGGCGCAAGAAAAUAGGCAUUGCCGCUUUGGCUCGACAUAGAGCCAAGUCAAUGCCAACUUCUGAGGCUUUUAGACCUGUCAAAGCCAUGGCCGUUGACCUUUUUCCCCACACUGACCACUGCGAAAUGGUAAUGCUCCUUGAGAGGUAAGAAUAAGCAAUAAACUCUUUAAGAGAAUGAUGUAGCACCAAAUAAAACAAGUAACAACUAUUUUUGUUUUGCAUAAACACAAUUUAAGGAU